AUGGAGCAGGAGGAGAGCAGGGACUUGCCAAGCUUGCCACACACCCCCUUCCUGUACCUCUUCUUUCUCCUCCAGCCUCCAUCCACUCCACAGGUGGGGAGCCAGGACGGCAAGCUGGCCACAUGGUACCCAGCCCCUUGGAGUUACACGUGGGUGUCCUUUGGCAGUCCUUUCUGGAUGGGGCAUCCCCCUCCAGCUGCCCCAGCGCCUUCAGUCUGGCCUUGGGGCUUCUCCAGCUUUGAUCCCCAAGUAGGGAGCCAGCACCUGGCCAUCAUGACCUCCAUUGUAUUUCCUUACCCUAUGGGACCACCACCCCCAUACUCCUCAGUCCCUCCGACUCUGAACGGGGAGGCCUCUGGCCACUAUCCCCAGAUGGAAUGGCAGAUUCCCGCCAGCUCAGCCUUCCCGGCUGCAGUGGGUGUGUCCAGAGGAGCUCCUCACUUGGAGAGGUGCCAAGCCCCUCCAUCAGAAUUCAGGUUCAGGGCCUCAGGUUCAGCAUUUGGGCACCUUGCAUCACCCUGCAGCCCAGAGCUCUGCCCUCUGCCCCCUUCCCCCACUGAGGACCCUCAGCCCGAUCCCCACUGA